AUGAAGUGGCUGAUAGACAAUAGUGGGUACUCUACAAAUAAGUCAACUAUAACACAGUACUCCACAAACCAGUCAACUAUAACACAGUACACCACAAAUCAGUCACCUGUUACACAGUACACAUCAACUGUUACACAAUACACCACAAAUCAGUCAACUGUUACACAAUACACCACAAAUCAGUCACCUGUAAUACA